AUGAAGGAAGAUAUAGAUAUGGACGAAUAUUAUUUACAUAAAAAAGAAAUAAAAGAUAUCAUUAAAAAUGAUGAUGAAGAUAUUAGCACAUUUAUUAUUACUAAAAAAAUGGCCUUAACAAAGGAAAAAAAUAAUAAUAUAAAAGAUAUGAAAAUUUUGAUUUCAAAAUAUCCAGAUAUUUUUGUUAAAAGUUCUAUUUUUUAUAAAGAACUUGAAAAUAAUGUAAAAAAUAAAAAAACAAUAAUUGAGGAUGUAAAUAUAAUAUACAACAAAAUUACCGAACUGUUUCAAAGUGAUGAAUAUAAAAAGGAUGUAAAAGAUUUAAAUUAUUUGCCUAACGAAAAUAUUUUACCUAAUAAUAUAUUUUUUUCUGAAAUAUUUAAAAUACCUUUAUUAAUUCAUAAAUAUAUUAAUAGUAAUGACCAUGAGGAAAAUUUACCAAAUUGUAUAAAAUACAUAAAACUAUGUUGUAACAUAAAAUUAUGUCUUCAUCAAUAUUAUUAUAAUAAUAAAUCCAUCAAUGAUAGUUUAGCUAGCUAUUUAAAAAGUUAUGAACAAAAUGUGAAUAAACAAAUUAAACAAGUUAAAAAAUUGCUAUCCAAUUUAAUUGUGAAAACUGAUGAUGUAGGUAAAUUAAAAUUGUGGAUACAAUAUUUGGCAGAUAUAUUCAACUAUUUUAAUACAUUAAAAUUUGAUGAAAAUAAAAUUGAUCAUAAUUACACACAACAAAGUGUAGGAAAAAAACAAGACGAAAUAAAUAACCUUAACUGUUCAGAAAAAAAUAAUAAACUAGCUAGCCAUAAUGAUAAUAACGACACUGGGAAUGGUAGCACUAAUGUAGAACAUAUUUUUGAUAAUCAUCAUGUAACAGACAAAAAUGGUGAGGAAUACAUCAAAAAUAAAUUCUUAAAACUUAAACAUUAUAAUAUAUUAACAAAAAUAAGAGAACGAUUAUUUAUUUGUGAAAAUAACAGAGGACAAGCAACACACAAAAAAAAUUUACAUUGCUACGAAAUAUUACAGUUAUUUUUAAAUGAAAUUAUAAGAUUAAAAAAUAUAUAUCAAAAAUUAUUUAACGGAGUAGAUACAAAUUUAUAUAAGCAUGUAGCAUUUAUCUAUUAUUUUGCUUUAUCUUUGGUGCAUAUUAAAAUAACACCUGGAAAUCUGCUCCGUUUAAAUGAAAAUAGUGAUGAUCAUAUCCACACAAGCAAUAUAUCUUUGUUGAAUAAGCUUAAUGAGCGAGCUGUUAUGAAAAAAAAUAAAACAAGUAAUGGCAAUAAUAAUAAUAGUAAUUUGGCUAGCUCAGAUUUAAAAUUUCCCCGUGAAAUGGAAAAUAGUUACAAUUUUAUGUACAGUUCAGAAAAAAAAAAAAAAAUAUUACAUGAUAUAACAAAAUUUAUGAACGAAUUUAAUAAAAAUAUAAACGAAGAACAUAUAUUAGACAGUUAUUUUUUUUAUAGAAAUAACAAUAUUUCAACUUGGGAUUAUCCCUUUUUAAAUUUAAACACUAACAUAUUUAACUAUAUGUAUUAUUAUGUUUUCUUUAAAAAUAAGGAAGUAUUACUUUUUAAAAAUAAUGAAAAGGAAAACAGUUCAAAAAAAAAGGUAACAAAUAUAGGAUUUCAAGAAAAAAUGCCAUUUAAAAAUCACUAUAAUUUUGUUCAAUAUUUAUAUGAAGAAGAGGAUAAAAAAUAUGAUGAUAUAAUAAAAAAUUGUCCACAAAAUAUAAAAAAGGAUAUUAAAAAAAAAAGUAAAAAGAAAAAUUUAUUUCUUAAUCAUUACAUAGCAAUACAAUCGCUAAUUCAAAACAACAAAAUUGAGGAAACUGUGUUGGAUUUACAAAAGUAUAGAAAACAUAACUUAAACAGUUUAGUAUUAAAAGAAGAAAAUGAUAACCCAUGUAUAAGUUUUUCCAUUGUGAUGGACAAUUUUAUAAACAAGAUGUUUGUAGCAUAUGUGUAUGACUUUCUUCAAGCCAAUAAUAAUAGUUUUUAUCAAAAUAUUUUGUUCUUUGAUAAAAGUGACAACAAUGAAAGAAACGAAAGAAAUGAUUCUAAAGAAGCAUGGGGGGGUGUUGAGGCAAAUCGAUUACCUACUUCAAUAGACGAUGAUCUAAAAAAACAAAAAGAAUUUUUCAUUCAAAAUGCUCGAAAUUUUUUUGAUUCAAAUAAAACAAAAGAUUUUGAUAAAAACGAGGCAAGUAGUUCAAACAAAUUUAGCCAAGAGCAUUACCAAAAAAAGAUUGCUGAAAGAUUAAAGUAUUCUUUUUUAAUCUCUUACUUUUAUAAUAUUAUAUUUAUUUUAAAAAGUAUUAAAUGCUAUAUAGAUAAAUCCUUGUUAUACACCAUUAUCCAUAUGUUUGAAAAUUCUUUUAAAAAUAUUAUUGAAAACUUGAUAACCAUGUUUUUGACAACCCAAAAUAUAUUUUUUAAAUAUAAUACCUUUCAAUUUAUUAUCGAGGCUCUUUUAAAGAGUGUUUUCCCCUUUACGUUUUUAUUCAUUUCGUGUAUUUAUCAAAUUGACGUUACUCGAUCGACGGAAAAAAUAUUGAAGAUCUUAAAUAAUUAUUCGAUUAGUAUAUGA